UAAGUGUGGUAGAAAAAUCCCAAAAGGAGAAGAAGUUCAAAGAGAAGGAUAUCGAAGUGGUCAAGGAAGACUUUUUGAUGAACAAGGAGGAGUUAUGUGUAGAAGGGGAAUAUCAUCGGCUUUCAAAUCGUAGUAUUAUCAACUGCAAGGGUGGGUCCGGUCCAAUUGAGGAAUUAAUUAACUAUCUUUUGGUCGUAAAUCCUCAAUUAUUCUUCUUAGAGUAUUCACCUUGUCCGGUGUUUCAUUUAACUUCAAUAGGAGUAGAACAUUUGAAGCAUUCUACUGACAGAGGUCUUUUAGAUUGUUUUGUAGAUUUUAAUUUAGAUUUUGUUGUGCGAAAGGGGAUUAUGAGUCCCAUUAAACAAGAAAGAGAUGAUUACCAGGCCCAAAUAAAUAGUCAUCAGUGUCCACCAGUAGACCAUCGCGAACUAGCCGCCAAGAACCAAAAAAUCGCAGAAUUAGAGGCGGAAAUAAGAGAAUUAAAAAAUAAACCUCCUGUCCAACCCGAAAAUAAUCCUUUUACAGAAAAAGAGAGUUUAUUAACUAUCAUUCGAGAAAAAGAAAAAAUUAUUCAGCAAUUAGAGGUAAAAUUACAAGAGCAGCCAAAAGAAAUCAUUAAAGAAGUAGAGAGUGGGGAAAUUAUUCAGGGAUUAAAAAACAAAUUAAUUAGUAAGGAGCAGACCAUUAAACAAUUACAUUUGUUUUAUUUGCUAUGGUUAGGAAUAAGUGUUUUG